AUGGCGGAUUCGCUGUCGACAGGUCUGGGAGAGGAGAAGGAAAAGGAGAAGGAGGACAAGGAGAGGGACACCAGGGCCGCGAAAGCGGAGCAGAAUAAGGAGAAAGAAGGAGUUAAUGACUCACUGGGGUUUCACGACAAAAAUGGCGGCGCUAGAGGCCAAAAAGGCAACCUGUCAGACCUGUCUCUAGUCAGGUUCAUAACCACUGAGCUCACAAGAGGCUACUUUCUGGAGCACAAUGAGGCCAAAUACACCGAGCGCCGAGAGAGGGUUUACACCUGCCUCCGCAUCCCCAAGGAGCUGGAGAAGCUGAUGACUUUUGGCUUCUUCCUCUGUCUGGACACGUUUCUCUACGUGUUCACCCUGCUGCCCCUCCGGGUGAUUCUGGCCCUGCUGCGACUCUUAACUGUGCCAUGCUGCGGCCUCGGAGGCUCCCGUUUGCUGCAGCCGGCCCAGGUGUGUGACGUGUUGAAGGGCUUCAUCAUGGUGUUGUGUUAUUCAAUGAUGAGCUACGUGGAUUAUUCCAUGAUGUACCACCUUAUCCGGGGACAAUCCGUCAUCAAACUCUACAUCAUCUACAACAUGUUGGAGGUUGCAGAUCGCCUUUUCUCCUCGUUUGGCCAAGAUAUCCUGGAUGCCCUGUACUGGACCGCAACCGAGCCCAAGGAGAGGAAGAGAGCGCACAUAGGAGUGAUCCCUCACUUCCUCAUGGCUGUGCUCUACGUCUUCCUUCAUGCUCUUCUUAUCAUGGUUCAGGCCACUACACUGAAUGUAGCCUUUAAUUCCCAUAACAAGUCUCUGCUCACCAUAAUGAUGUCAAACAAUUUCGUGGAAAUCAAAGGAAGUGUGUUUAAGAAGUUUGAAAAGAACAACCUCUUCCAGAUGUCUAACAGCGACAUAAAGGAGAGGUUCACCAACUACAUCCUCCUGCUCAUCGUCUGUCUGAGAAACAUGGAGCAGUUUUCAUGGAAUCCCGACCACUUCUGGGUCCUCUUCCCAGACGUAGUCAUGGUCAUAACCUCAGAGGUGGCCGUGGACAUUGUCAAGCACGCCUUCAUCACCAAAUUCAACGACAUCAGUGCUGACGUGUAUGGAGAAUACAGAGCUAGCCUCGCCUUCGACCUCGUCAGCAGUCGACAGAAAAACGCGUACACCGACUACAGCGACUCCGUAUCCAGAAGAAUGGGCUUCAUCCCGCUUCCUUUAGCUCUACUGCUUAUCAGAGUAGUGACGAGUUCGGUGAAGAUCCAGGGUUCGCUCUCCUUCAUGUGUGUGCUGCUGUUUUACCUGGGGAUGAUCACGCUGAAGGUGCUCAACAGCAUCGUUCUGCUCGGGACGUCUUGCAUGUUUGUCAAAGAGGCCAAGAUGGAGGAAAAGCUCUUCGACCCGCCUCCGUCUGUCGCCUCCAGCCGUGCAAACUCCAGGGCGAACCGCGGCAAAAACGCUCCCGCCGCACCUCAACAAGAGCCCACGUCGGACAAAGCAGGAAUAUCACUGGCAUCGGGCAUUUCUCUACCCACCGAUAAACCAGAGAGCGCCUCCUCCACAAUCCCAAAGAGUGACUCAGACGCGUUCCUGACGACACCGGACGAGGAAGACGAGGACAAGAUCAUAAACACUGACGCAGGCCUGGAAGGAGACGGACUUACGCACAGAGCACCCAAGAAAGACUUGCUGGAGAUAGACCGGUUCACCAUCUGCGGGAACCGGAUAGACUGAGGUCUGAAGGGAGCCACCAGCUGGUGUCCUGACAACGCAGCGAGGUCCGGGGGACCUGACGAGGGUCACAGAGCAUUACUCGGACCUGACUCGCACUUAUGCACCUGACUCUCGGAGUAUUUAUUUAUUUAUUGCUGGGAAAAACCCAGCCAAGGCAUAAAGCUGUUACAUCAGAGGCCGCGUCAGAUGUUUCCAGAUCGUCCUGCAGGAGUUUUCUUCGUCUGCGGGGACCGGGAGGAAACGAGGGGCCGCGAGCGAGCAGGGAAUCAAACUCUGCAGAUUGGAAAUCAAAUCUGAUGGUCGGCGCAUUGCAGCCGGAUCUGUGUGAUUAUGUGUUCAAAAAGCACAAUUAUCCCCGGAACAAACAGGUGUUUUUAGCAGGAACAAAAGUUGUCAGAAGAUCUGACAAAUUCAACUAUUUAAAGUAUGUUUUUAUCGCAAAAGUUGGAUGUUUUUUUCUAAAUUUAAGUCGGUCAGUUGCACUUGAUUCUCAGUGUGAAGUUGUUUUUGUGGGUAUUCCCUUUUUAAAACGCUGGGCGGACUGUGUGAAGGUGCUGGUAUUUAUUUACAGGUGAUCACAGACAUUUCAGUUUCCACAGUCAACUUAAUUUGUACAUAAAGCCGCCGGCAACCGUGGCAGCAGCAACAGCGUUGAGCAUUUGUACGUUGGAUUAUUUGAACUGAUCCUUAGAUCGCCGACUGAAAUUCAUGCUGUGUGCUACUGGUGAGAGGAAAGAGUUCAUGUCUGCAGGUUAAAAGUAGUUCAGUACUUUGAUCCAGGGGAAUUUGAACCUGUUUAUCCUGGUGUGGAGUUGAAGUUGAUGUCUGUUGUUGCUUGCUGGCUCUGAUUAAUGAAGACGUGUCCCGUUACAGUAGGUAUUUGUGCACCAGUUGACCCAAAUUGCUGUGAAAUCUGCUGUUAAUCAGUUGAUUACAUGAAGUCACCGCAGGCCUUUCUGUUUCCUCUCAUGCAUUAUAUCAUCAUUUCCUGCAUUGGACGAACAGACGAGCCGACAACCAAAACCUAGGAUUCAUUCCAAAUAUCGUGUCUAAGGUUUUCUUUGUUAACUUAAAAAAAAAAAAAAAGAAAUGCCUCUUUCUGCUACACUGCCUUGCAAAACUAUGCAUACAUUUUCAUCUUUUUACAUUUGUCAUGUUGCAACCUCAGACUUGGAUUUUUGUGUUUUUUAUGCGACAGAGGAACAAAUUAGUGCACAAUUGUGAAGUAAAAUGAAAAGAAUACGAGGUCUUUAUUUUUUUUUUUUAAACUGAAAAGUGUGGCUUUCAUUUGUUUUUAGUCUCACUGAGUAAAACUUUUCUACAACCAGCUUUCUGUGCGGCUGUAGCUGCAAGUCUUUUGGGGUAAAUCUCCUGCAGCUUUGCACACUCAGACUGAAACUUUUAGCCUUUUCGGAUUUGCAAAUUAGCUGAAGUUUAGUCCGACUGGAUGGACAUACUCUGUAAAUAUCAGUUUUCUAGUUCUGCCAUGUAUGAUUUGAUGUAGGUCUGGACUUUGACUAGGCCAUUCUAACCCAGGGAUAAGCUUUGAUCCGCACCAUUCCGUUGUAGCUCUCGCUGCAGGGUUUAGUUUCAGGUCUUUUACAUCCUCCAACAUGUUUUCCAUUUAUCUCCAUUCAACUCCCUUCAACUAGCUUUCUUUGUUCCUGCUGGAGAAACUCUUCCUGUCAGGACAUUUCACAGUGUGGACGCCGUGUUCAGUGUGAUGCACAGAGUUAAUCUUCACGCAUGGCGCUUUACAUGUAAGUCAAAAAGGUUCGUUUAGCCAACACGCUCUGUCGACAGAUCCUUUCACCCGAGCUGUGGAUCUCUGCAGCUCCCCCAGAGGCGCCACGGGACUCUUGGCUGCUUUCCUAAUUAUUGUCGUUAAAGUUGUGCCAUACUCUGUGCUUUGAUAGAAAUCUUUAUAUACUUGUUUAGAGCGUGCCUUAAAGGUCAAUCUGUAGUGACCAAAUGUUCCUACAUCCUCUCAUGUUCUUUGUUACGCAGUAUGACUAAAAGAGUUCUGCAAAACUUUAGUUCUGCUUGGCGCAAGGAGGUAGGAGGUCAUCUUAAGUGUUGGUUUUUGUUAUUUAAGUCUAUACAGAGAAGUCCCCUGUUGCCACACACAGAACUUUUGGUGAAUGGAAACUUUCCAGGUUUAACACGGUAUUUGUGAAUGGAAAGUUACCUGGUUGUGUUGUUUGGUGACACGGGUAUUUAUUGUUAGGGGGAGCGUCACAAUAAACACAGAUCUGAUUGAAUGUCCUUACAGUUAAGACUUCCUUUCCACGAUAGGAGUCUAGUGAGAAAUUCAAAGCUUUGUAUGUUCACCAAGCAACCGUAUUUAUACUGAUAGUAACUUCUAAAGGCAGCUGGUUGCCUGGAUUUUAUGAAUAGAAACGCACGCCACACUUUUCAGAGGUUCCUAUGUGAAACAAUUUGAAAAUCAUGUCACGUUUUUCAUUCUACUCCACAAUUAUGCUCUAAUCUGUGUUGGUCUUUUGCAUGAAAUCCAAAAUAUAACACGCUGAAGUUUGUGGCUGCAGUGUAACUAAAGGUGGGUAGGAAGUAGUUGUUUUGCAAGGCACUGCAAUUAUGUAUUUAAAAUUAUUGCUUGGCUGGGGUUUAAUUUCAUAGUCCCUAAAGUUAGGGUCAGUAACUCCCUCAGGGUGAUGAAACAAUAGAGAAAGUCAUGAAAUUAUCCAAAGUGCAACACAUUUUUACAACAAUAAAGUAGGCAUUACAGCCACGUUUAAUUGGCUUUUUAGUAAUGUUUGUUAAGCAGCAAUAAUCGAGGCAGUUUUUCCGCAAGUUGGAAGCUGAAAUUUUUUGAACCAGUAGUUUAGUAGCGAGAAAUAUGCAUGAGAGGUCCAAACAAUGAGGCUUAAUGCCAGUCAACACAGGCAAAAACAGCAGAGGAGCAUCCGUGUGAAAGAAGCCAGGAGCUUUAUGAAGGUGUGACGCGUCAUCUCCAGUGUGUGGGCAGAUCUUGUUUUUCAUGUAUGAACCUGACAUCCCGAGGUUUCAAAUCUUUUUUUAAUGUGUUCAUCUCCUUUCAUGACAGGAGGAGAAUAAACUGAGACCUUGUUUUGCAACC